CCCUGUGUAAUAAGUAGACGAUCCUGCAAAAUGUUAUAAAUUAAGAAGUUUUUUGCAUAAAGUUUUUUUUAAAUAUGGAAAAUCUUGAAACAUGGCUAGCAGAAGAAAACUCAAUUAUUCAAAAGGAAGACAGUGAAAAGCAAGUAUAUUUGUAUGACUGGCUUUAUAGACUCAAUGAAUAUCUUCUUAGUAAAGGUUCUUCAGAGCAGGGUGAAUUAAAAAGUAUACAACCAAAGAUCAUCACUACUCUUCAUAAAAUUGUUGAAAUUAACUGUAGCCCUACAACUAGAACACAAUUAGCAAAAUGUUUUGCAACUGUUUAUCAUACUGGAACAACAUUGGGUUUGUUUGACAGUGUAAGCAAAUGCAUUGACCUAAUCAAAAGUCGAGAUGACUCACCUAACCAGCUUCCAGUGAAGUUAACUGCAAUAUGCUGCAUGGGAAGCAUUUAUAGAAAACUUGGAAGGAUGGUAGGAGCACUUUUCGAUGCAGCUUUACAAGUGUUGCUUAAGCUUAUAUACAAAGCAGAGCCACAUGCAAAAUGCGAAAUUCUACUGUGUUUUGAAAACAUGUUACAUGGAAUGGGUAGUGCUUCAAAAGAUGGCCAUAAAGACAUUUGUAAAGCUUGCAAAGCCACCCUUAUUGAUAAGUGUUUGCCAGUGCGUUGGGCAGGUGCAAAGUGCGCCUUGGAGUUAACAAAACAUGCAGAUUUUAUGUUUACAUCAGAAUUAGACUCAAUGGUAUCUGCAUGUCUCAGAGGUUUGGAAGGUUCAAACUAUGAUGUCAGAGUUCAAAUUGCACAGUUGUUUGGUGUUUUAAUGGCUGGUUCCCAGACUCACCAGCCUCCAAGUGGAGUCACUAAAGGAAAAAAAACUACUGAAGAUAUGUUUAAUAUUAUGGCUUCAGCAUUUUUAAAAGGUGGUAGUGGCUUCCUUAGGAAUGGUGUUGAAUCUGGUAUGAAUCGUGAGAUACGAAUUGGUGUUACUCAGGCUUAUGUUGUUUUCUUCAGAGAAAUGGGUUCAAUUUGGGUUGCAAAACACUUGGGAGAAAUAAUUUCUCAUAUUUUGGAAUUAGUAGCAAGUCAAAAAUCAACUUCAUCGCAUAUAGAUAAUGUUUAUUCUCGAAAGUGCAUUUCUUUCAUUUUAAAUUCUGUGCUUUGUGGUAUGCUUCCAGAAUCUUCAAAGAUUCAAGCCAUCAAAGAACUUUGCAAAAUUAUUUUAAAGCAAAUAGAGGUCAUUCAUGGGUUGAUAACAUCUGAAAAUAAUUCUGAAUUGAUUAUUUCUAAUAUGGAUGUACGAAGUACUCAAUAUGUUCUUGUCUGCGCAUUAUCUGAGUUAAGCAAUCUUAUCCUAGCGCUUACAUCAUCUAUUAAAUCCAUAAUGGAAGAAAUUGUUGACGCUGUUUUUUCAACACUUACUCACCCAGCACCAGCUGUUUGGCUAUCUGCUGCAUGGUGCAUUAGAUCUUGCGGUAUCGCUCUUCCGUCUAAUAUUACUCAUUUAAUUGACCAAUGUGUAAAGAAGAUGAAAACACUGCGCUUUUCUGCAGACACAGUUGCAGGAUAUGGUUACACAUUAUCAGGUAUUAUUGGUGGAUUACACAUGUGCCCUCUUGGUUUACCUUUUAAAAAAGCUCAGGCUGUAUUUAUUUUUACUGAGGAAAUUUUUAAAAGUGCUUCCACCAAUAGUAAGCUGCUGCAGACUGGUUGGGUUUUGUUGGGAAGCUUGUGUACACUAGGACCUUCUUUUGCAAAAAAAAAUCUUCCAAGUAUGCUUGACUUAUGGAUGUCUGUCUUUUCAUUUGAAAAAAGUGAUCCAAAUGUCGACAAAGGUAAAGGAAAUGUAAAGACCUGGCAACUCACAAUAGAAAAUCGAGCAAAUGCACUGUGCUCUAUGUCUAGUUUUAUUAAACAUUGCAAGAGUUUAUUGGUACCAGACGUUUUGAAGAAAGUAAUGAUUCCUGUUGAAUCUGCUCUGUCUUUUUUAUUACAGUUUCAAAUGUUGUUGAAAAUCCAUGGACCGCAGUUAAGACCUGCAAUUGCUAUGUUUAAAUCACGCUUAUAUUGCAUCCUUCUUAUGUUACCUGCAAAUCUUUUUGAAGGCUUUUUUACUCCAUUAUUACGAAAUUUGGCUGCAGAUUUUACAUUGGUUGAUCAAGGUUCUGUUACUACUUCUUUGUUACAAUCUUUGUGUCAUAAAGAUGACAAUAUUUUACUUGGUUCAUGGGUUCAAGAAACUGAUUAUAAAGAUGUUGAAGAACAGCUUCAACUUAAUAGUGCUGCUGGAUCAGGAGCCCUUGAACAUGAUUCAUUUUGUAUAUACUCUAAUCUUUCUGAGGGAGAAAAGAUUCCUGGUCCUCUACCACUCGGAGUUGCUGUAGUUGAUGCAGCAAUUAACUUAUUUGGUAAAUUGUUCCCAUACUUACCCAGCAAACAUUGUGCACAACUGAUGAAUCAUUUUAAUGACUGCAUUAUCAAGAAUAAAGGUGCAAGGCAGCAAGCUAUACAUACUAAUAUUUUUACAGCUUUCUUAGCAGCAUUAAAGAACCUAUCAGAUAGUAAAUCAUCUUUUGAUGAUACAACCACUCUGACACAUGCUAAAACGCUUAUUCUAGAAGCUCUUGGAAACACAGACAACAUCUUAAGAUGCGCUGCUGGAGAGGCAUUAGGAAAGUUGGCACAAGUUAUGAAUGACAGAAAUUUUGUUGCACUAAUGGCUCAAAAUAGUUUUGAUAAAUGUCAAAAAAUGUCUGAUGCCUAUGUUAGAACUGGUCAUGCUCUAUCACUCGGUUGUUUACAUCGCUAUGUUGGGGGAAUGGAAUCUGGUCAACAUUUAGGAAAUAGUGUAUCCAUAUUAGUGGCCUUAGCUAAAGAUGUUUCAUCUUCUCUAGUUCAGGUAUGGUCAUUGCAUGGGUUGACUUCAAUUGCAGAUUCCGGUGGUCCAAUGUUUCGAACAUAUGUUGAUCAGUCAUUUUUCACUGUGAUUGACCUAAUGCUGAAUACUCCUUCAUCUGCAAUAGAGGUGCAUCAUUGUCUUGGAAAGUGUGUUAAUGCACUUAUUACUGCUAUUGGACCUGAAUUACAAGAUGACUCAAAAAAGAUGUUGCGUACACGAAUGUUUUGUAUGUCUGCAUGUUCAAUUAUGCAAAACCACCCUGAUUCUUUUGUACAAUCAGAGAGUAUUCAUUGUUUACAACAACUUCACUUAUUUGCUCCAGAUCUUGUCAACUUAAGCAGUCUAGUUCCAUUUUUGUGUAACAUAUUAUUAAGUCCACAUCUUUUACUCAGGAAAGCCAGUAUUGAGUGUCUUCGUCAGUUAGCUCAUAGGGAAGCAAAGGAUAUCAGUCAGUGGAGCAAAAGUACAAUUGCUAACAAUCCUGAUAUUGUUAAAAAGAUGUUUAAUGCAAACUAUGGUCUGGAAGGCCUUUUGUUUAGUUUAUUGGAUGCAGAAGUUGAUAUUUACAUACUGAAACACAUUCGUGAAAUUAUUUCAAGCUUACUUAUAGCACUUGUAGAUAAAGAGCUUAAAAGUUGGUUGAGUCUUUGUAAGCAAGUUGUACUUGCUUCAAAUAUCAAUGAAGAACAAAAUGAAAAUUUUGGUUCUGGUGCUGGUGCUGCUGAUGAAGAUGAAGAAGAAGAUGGUCAAAUUGUGCUUAAUUCAAAAUCAAAUGAUACACCUAUUAUUACUCCAAAAUGGCCAACCCGUGUUUUUGCAAUGGAAUGUCUUCGAAUGAUUAUUGAUGUGUGCAAGAAUUAUACUGAGCAUAUGGAUUUAAAAGAAGCAAGGAAACUAAAAAACAAUGAAAAUGAGUAUUUGGUGAUGCAGUUAUCUGAGCUUGUUCGAAUGGCUUUUAUUGCUGGAACAUCUUCUAAUGAUCUCCUUAAAUUAGAAGGAAUGAAAAUGUUGCAGGAUGUGGUUGUUUUAUUUGCGAAUGUUCCUGAUCCUGACACAAACAAUGAACAGCUAAUAUUAGAACAGUUUCAAGCCCAGGUUGAUACUGCUUUAAGACCAGCCUUUGCUUCAAACGUUCCUCCAGAUGUUACUGCUAUGGCAUGUGAGGUUUGCUCUUCCUGGAUUGGUUUUGGUAUAUCAAAAAAUGUUGCUGAUGUAAGAAGGAUUCAGCAACUUCUUGUAAAUUCCUUAGUGAAGAUAGGAAAAGUUGAUGAUGUCAACAGAGAGUUGUACAGUGAAAGUGCUUAUACUCUUGAAAAUUUAGCUGUCCUUAAAGCCUGGGCUCAAAUAUAUAUUAUGGCAAUGAAUAAUGAAAAGGAAUUGAAAUCUUCAGAUGAAAAUAUUAGUUUGGGUUGUCUAUUAGAUCUAAUUAAAGGAGAUUUAAGAUUGCUGGUAAAGCAUUGGCUGAAUGCAUUAAAAGAUUUUGUUAUUUUAACGCUGCCUCAACAGUAUGAGUCACAGCUACCUCAACAAGGUGGCGUGUUUUAUAGUUCAGAAACUGCAGACUCUGUUCGACCACAUUAUAAAUUGUGUUGGCCUCCAAUUGUGCAUGCUACUGCCUUAUGGUUAUCUUCGGUUUCAUUCCAGAAUUCCACUGAAGUGUUAGUUGGUGCAGAACAUGAAGUGAAAACCCUUAAUGCAAUUGAUCCUGUGAAAAAGACGAUAGAGGAAGUUAACACUGAUCGUUUUUAUUUGCUUUCUGGUAUAUGUGUAGAAGCUAUGUGCUCUCCUUUGUCUUUGUAUCCCGUUGGAACAAUUGAAGCAUGUGCAAGCUCAUUUAAUGCACUUCUUAGUUCACAUUUUGGUCGCUGUAUUAUUGGAAACAAUAAGAUUCUAUCUAUCGAAUUACUUACAGUGCUACAUCGUUUAUUGCUGUCGCGAGAUGAACCUUCAUUCCAAUUAAUUGUUUUGGAAAUCGUUUUUAAAUGUUCUACAGCAUUAGGUGAGUCAAGUGAACCAACAGAAGAUGAAAUUGUUGUCAAGAAGAGUGUUUUGUUUAAUAUAUUAGAAAUAUGUUGCUAUAUGGUAAAAAGGUACGCUUAUUCAGUUAUGCCAGAAGAAAUUUGGAAAUCACUGCGAACUCCAAGGAAAUUAGAAUUUUCUGCAUCAAUAAUGGAAGUUCUUGCUUUCGUUUCAUCUAUCCUUUCUGGUAUACCAAAAUUGUGCACAUUUUCAUCUAGUGUUGUAUGUUUGCCAACAAUUUUGUUUUUGUUAUCCUCUAUUUUUAAAUAUAUUGUAUUAAACAUAAAUGAAAACUUUUCGCAUGAGAGUUUUUUGAGAACUGCUUUAACUACAUUAACCCAAAGUUUUAAGGAGGUAAUUACUUCGCCUCACGCACUUCAUGAAGAAAACAAAGAGGUUUGGGGGAGCCUCAUACAAAGUUGUCUGCUAUCAGUUCUUCAAACAGCUAAUGCAUACACACCGUGCGAUAAUGCAACUCACUCCGUAAUUAUAACAGUUUGGGAGAAUAUUAUGAUUGUUGUAUCUGUUUUUGUUUUAUUUUCACCGAGCAAUAUUAGUAAUUCAAUGCUUCUUUCUAGUUGCACAAAUCUCUUUUCAGGUUGCAUCCAAAAAGCUCCCUCAAAACUUCGUUUAUUAACUUUAAAAAUUGUUGGAAGCAUCAUUAAAUCUCCAAUAAGCUGUCUGUCAAUUCCAUUUAUCCAUGAAUGUAUUCCACUAGUUUAUGAUAUCCUUGAAACUACGCAUUCAAAGCGACCUGGAUCGGAGUCUGAACUGUUAUGCUGCAAGGAAAGCAUCAAUCUGAUUGAAUUUAUUCUUUCUAUAGUUGAAGAAGAUAAACGUACUCUUGUGAUGUCAGUUUAUAUUCCAGCAUUAGUCCCACUUUUGUAUGAUUCAACAUCGUUAGGAAAAGCCAAUAGCUUUUCUAGAUCGCUUCAUGAUUUUUGUAUACAACGAUUAACGGCUACUGGGCCUUUAUACCCAAUAUCUUUCAAAACGUGCAUGGCCAACUUUCCCGAACUCAAAAGUAAGCUAACUGAAGGUAUAAAAGCAAACGAAUCUGUAAAGCAAAAGAAAAAUAUAAUCAAAGGUAAUGAUGUACAACCGCAAAUCAAACUAAAAAUGGACUUUAGUAAUUUUAAAUAAAAUCUCUAAAUAAAUUUAUUUGUAAAUUUUGUGUGAUGAAUUGUUUCGUCAUUAUUCGACCUAAUGUAUUCUUUAAUAUAUAAAAUGUAUUUUAUUUUUUGUAUUAAAAUAAACAAAACUUCAA